AUGGCGAUAGACUUCACCCAGGGAGAGUGGAACUACCUGGGUGCUGCACAAAAGGACUUAUCCAGAGACGUGAUGUUGGAAAACUACCACAACCUGGUCUCUGUCGGACUUUCCAGAUCUAAGCCAGAUGUGAUCUCCUUAUUGGAGCAAGAGAAACAACCUUGGAUAGUUACAGGCCAUGACAGGCGGACCUUGCCCAGGGAAUGUGGGAAGGCCUUUAUUCAGCUAUCAUCCCUUAUUCGACAUCUAAGAAUUCAUACCGGCGAGAAGCCAUAUGAAUGUAAGGACUGUGAGAAGGUUUUUAGUUGUGGCUCAGAACUUACUCAACAUCAGAGAACUCAUGCUGGUGAGAAGCCCUAUGAGUGUACGGACUGCGGGAAGUCCUUCAGUCACGGUUCACACCUUGUACAACAUAGGAGAAUUCAUACUGGAGAAAAGCCUUAUAAAUGUAAGGAAUGUGGGGAGACUUUUAGACAUAUCUCACAACUUGCUCGACAUCAGAAAAUUCAUACUGAACGUACUCAGCAUCAGAGAACUCAUACUGGUGAGAAACCUUAUGAGUGUAAGGACUGUGGGAAGGCCUUCAGUCAUGGUUCACACCUUGUUCAACAUCAGAGAAUUCAUAGUGGUGAAAAACCUUAUAAAUGUAAGGAAUGUGGUGAGGCCUUUUUUCAACAAUCACAUCUUACUCGACAUCAGAGAAUUCAUGCUGAGGCCUUCUGUGGGCCACACUAUGCUAAUAAUAUGAUUUAUGAUGCAAGCCUUGGGCCAUACACUGUCAACUUGGGUCUGAAGGGGCUGGAGACCGAGGGCAGCCACAUGGCAAUUAGCAACACCUACAUGACCAAAACCGAAAGAAGCCGGGUCCUUCCCGGCCGCCAGGCGUGGACCAGCUGGCCACACCGCCAGCACCUGGGGAAAGUCGCGCCGGGCUGUAAAAGCGGAGGUUCCCACGAGAGACGCCUGGGUAACGACGCGCCGAGCCGUAAAAGCAGCGGUUCCCACGGAGACGCCUGGGUAACGACGCACAGCGCCGAAAAGCGGCCCGACUGA